CUCAAAAAUUCUGGAAAAUUAUUUACAAAUUUCACUUAUUUUGUGACAAAUCAAAAUUUCAACAAUUUCGACUAAACGAACUGAAUGGCAGAUGAAGAGGAAAGAGCUUCUCCGGAAGAUGAAGAAGGAGCUGAUGAGGCACCCGCAGAUGAAGGCGAAAGAGGAGCUGACGAAGCGGCCCUAGAAGAGGAAGCGGCUGAUGAGGAUAAUGUGGACGAGACCGAAGAGGAUCCCUUCGAGCUGCUCGACGAGGAGAGCGAAGACAACGAGCUGGAGGAGCGCAUGUAUCGGGAAUAUCUCGACUUGAUGAAACAGAUCGACUGCCAGAACGGAAUUAUAAACGAUCUGAAGGCACGCUCCCACGAGCUGAGAGAUAAACCCUGUCAAACCCGCAACGAGAAUGCGGAAUACCAGCGCCUGCGCAUCUGCCUGGACCAGGAGAACAUCAAGCUGAACACCAUGAUGAAUCGGGCAAUCCAAUUGCAGAACAACGGCUCGAAGCGCCUUUAUGGCAGCAUUGAACUAGCCACCUCCGGAUAUGAGGAUAGUCUACUCAACAGUUCCUCCGGCUGCCGGAAGGCAACCAAGUGCCCAGCAUCCACAAGUCGGCCGAAGACGGCGCAAGAGAUCUGCGAUGCUCUGGAUGCGGUUUCGGAUACGGAUUCGGAUUCGGAUCAGGGCUGUUGCUCGGCCAGGCGUUGCCCAUAAGUGUUUUUGAGUCGGAGUUAUCGACACUUCAGAUUCUGAAGUCGGGUAUCGAAGAAAAUGUCGUCCCAUUGCCAAGUGUUUGAAAUACCCAAAUUCUUGUACCAUGUAUUUUCAAUUCGUUGGAGUCUUUUUCUAAAUACACAAAUAUUUAUUUUACA